UUGAAUCUAUUAAGGGGAAUUCAUUCCGAGCGAUCUACCAUCUCUUCCUUCCUCCCGUUCCUCCAGGAAUCGUCUGCUUUUCAUCUUCCUUAUGCUUCUCAUAACUAUCCUUGUCUGCUCUCAGUUGUUGUACCGAACGAUUCUGAGCGCCUAGAAGCUGCUGUCUUGCUCUCGUUUCUUACCACGUUUAUUGGUGGAUGA